AUGCCGUCUCCUCUCGCAGAUCCCGUGAAGCUCCCUUGUGGACUGGUUUUGCCUAAUCGGCUCAGCAAGGCCGCAAUGGCUGAGCUAAUGUCUAAGAAAAACCACCCAGCAGAUCCUCUCGUCGACGCCUACGAGAAAUGGUCUGAUGGUGGAUGGGGAAGUAUCCUCACAGGAAACAUUCAAGUCGACGUGAACCACAUGGGCAGCCCCUUCGACCCAGCCCUGCAUAACGAAUACCAAGACCCAGAAAGCAAUGCUGAUCUCGUCGCCCAAUGGAAGAAGUACGCCGACGCCUGCCAGAAACACGGCACACCGGCCAUCGCCCAGAUCUGCCACCCGGGCCGGCAGUCGUUCCGUGUUGCAGGCCACAGGGGUAUGUUUGCGCAGACGCUGGCGCCCAGCGCAGUGCCCAUCAAGCUUGGGGAUGGGUACCUUGAGCGUUUGAUGGGGUGUUUGGCGUGGUCGGCACCGAAGGAGAUGACUGCCCAGGAUGUUGAGAGAGUUAUUGGGCAAUUCGUUGAUACUGCCAGGCUUAUGGCAGAUGCUGGGUUUUCUGGGGUAGAAUUGCACGGUGCUCAUGGGUAUUUGAUUGAUCAAUUCCUUAGUGGCAAGACAAAUCUCCGCACCGACGCCUAUGGCGGCACGCCCGAGAAACGCGCCCGCUUCGUCCUAGAAAUCCUCAGUCAAACACGCAAAGUCGUUCCCUCAACAUUCUGCAUCGGCAUCAAGCUCAACUCCGCAGACCACAGUUCCGCAACCUUCGAAGAAACAAUGACGCAGAUCAAACUCCUCGCCGAAGCCGGCAUCGAUUUCAUGGAGAUCUCAGGCGGCACCUACGAAGACCCCAAGAUGAUGGGGUAUGCUAAAGCACCGGCCCCGAAGUCCGAGCGAACCGCCGCGCGCGAGGCCUUCUUCCUUGAGUUCUCGAAGGAAGUCCGCAGCCGGCAUCCCGAGCUUGUGCUUAUGCUGACGGGCGGGUUCCGGACUCGGGCUGGUGCGGAGGCUGCUAUUAACGAUGGGGCUUGUGAUCUUGUUGGUAUUGGGCGGCCUGCGGUUGUUGAUCCGAAAUUUCCGCUUUUACUGCUUGAUGAGAGUGUUUCAGAUCGAGAGGCGCAGCUGCCGUUGAACAAAGUGCCUAUUCCUUGGUAUACGCGGUUUUUGCCGUUGCAUAUUAUUGGGGCUGGGACUGAGAGUACUUAUUAUUCUGCUCAGAUUCAGCGCUUGGCUAAGGGGCUUGUUACUCUUGCGCCAUCUUUGUAG